UCUCUCUCUCUGUCUGUGGCCCGUGGGUAUAAAAUCACACUCACUACUUCCAAGACAUCGACGCUUGUUUGUUUGUUCUUUAACAAUCUUGAAUCUUCCCAUCUCCACCUAGUUUUGUCUUUUUGUUCCACAUUUCUUCACCGGAACCAAAAAAAAACAAAGCCCAAAACAUAUACCAGCUGCACGCCCUACAAAAUGCCAUCCGAGACCGCCGAUGACAAACCGGCGGCGAGGCUCCAGCAAAGUUUCGGUUAUCCUCCACCGCCACAGACCCAGCCCCUCCCUUGUCCUCGUUGCGGUUCCACCUCCACCAAGUUCUGCUACUACAACAACUACAACCUUUCACAGCCCCGCCAUUUCUGUAAGUCUUGCCGCCGCUACUGGACCCAGGGCGGGACCCUCCGCAACGUCCCCGUCGGCGGUGGCACCCGCAAGAGUAUAGCCAAGCGCUCUCGCUCUAAUACUAGUACUUCAUCUUGCUCGUCUUCUUCGUCUUCAUCUGCCGUGAACAGUGAGGCCUUACCCUCCAAUCCCAGUCCGGUUUUACCCGAGAUGGUCUCGCACGAUGUGAACCUAAACGAGAACGUGGCGACAGUGGGUGGUGCCGUUGGGAGCUUCAACUUCUUGCUGAACUCGCAGGGUCCGGCCGGGUUCUUGGGGCUGAGCGGGACGUACGGGUACGGGUCAACAAUACCUGGCUUCGAAGAGAUGAGUCUUGGGUUGGCCGGAGCUGGGGCUUGGGCAUUUCCUGAAGUCGGUGACUUUGGCGGCGGGACUGGCAUCGGAACUUCGCUGGCUUCGGCAGCGUACGGCACCUGGCAGUUGAGCGGUGCUGAUGAUCAAGGCGGACAGGUUGAUGGCGGGGAUUCCUUUGCUUCGCCUGACCUUUCUAUUUCAACCCCCGGCCAAGGUCUAGAGAAAUAGUGCAGCAUUUUACCAUUUCCAGAAAAUGCUUUUUCCUCACUCUUUUCUGGGUCUUGGUAGGGUUUUCGAAAUUCUGGGGAAGUGGUCGUAUCGUUCGAACCUUUGUGGGUCAAAGUUGCCUUCUUUUGUGGGUCACUAUUUGGUGGACAUUGAAGAUCAGUGGCAUAGGGUUUCAUAGAAAAAUGACCAGAAGGUGGUUUCUUUAGGUAGGUUAUGUUUUUGUUUGUUGGUGGCUCUGUAAAUCUUUUGGUCUUUCGUUGGACAAAAAUGGGGUGAAACAAAAUGGACAAGGACAUCCUUUUCAGGAGUUUUAUACUA